AUGUACACAAUGCCACAUGAUAUUGGAAAAACCUCGGAAAUGCUCAAAGGUAAUGGCCAAACAUCUGUUGCUAGCAUUCAUCGAGUAUCGCAAAUUCCUUUUAGUGUAAAACCGUUUGUUACUGCUCACAACAGUGCCAAAAGAAAGACUGGUGAGAAUGCUGCCUACGAUUCACACAGGUCGAGACCUCCAGACGUGGACUUACGCCAUGAUAGGUCCACCCACAAACUGGCAUGCCGCGAAGUUGAACGUUCCUCGGGGACAGUCAAAUUUAUACGAAUGUUAGCCUUAAAUCCACUGCUCAUGGGGUACCUCAAAAUCGCUACCAUCUUUGACUGUGGUCUGCUCGACAAUCCACGGAUCGGAUUUGACGUGCCGUUCGUGGCACGUGUUGACAUUGCCAUUGAGCCGAGCGACAUCCUUGAUUUCAUUGGAUUAUAUCUCGAUGACAAGACCAUUGGGGAGAAGCUUCAAGGGAUGGUGCAAGUCAAUGCAACCACUCCGUGCCACCCAAGCUUGCUUGCCCUUACGCCGAACCGACUAGAUAUUUGGCGUGAGGAACGAGCAAAAUAUAAUGCAGACGGUUAUGCCAAAGAUCCCGUUGGACUCAUAGAUUUUGUCGAUAAUACUACCUAUGCGAAGGACUCGUGCCAGAACGCAGUGACCGCUGGGCUGCACAUCCCUACCGGUGUCCUAGACUGGGCAAAGAAACGCGAACCCUUCGUUCGCGUCUCUGCUGUCACGGGCACCCAGUUCAAACAACCCAUGAGUGCUGCGGCGUGUGUAGAGUAG